AUGUUUUCUAUAAAAAGAUUAAUUCUUUUUAUGUUAGUGUUUUUUUCUUUUGUAAAAAUAAAAAGGUUUAUUAGUAAAAUUUAUAAUAUACAUAUAUAUGCGGAAUCAAAAAAAUGUGUAGGAAAUAAUGCCUUUCUUUUUUUAUUGAAUCUAGGAAAAAAUAAUAAUUUUGAAAAUAAAAUGAACUAUGUUAUAAAUAAAGAAACAAGGAAAAAAAGUAAUUUUAUACGUUCAUUGAUAAAUAAUGAAAAAAAUUAUGCAAUGAAUAGUAAAACAAAUGCACAGGAUGAAAAAAAGUAUAAUUUAAUAAAAAAUUUAAAAAAGUAUUGUGAAUGUACUAAAAAAUUUAGGAGAUUGCCAACAAGAGAAGUUGCAAUUGGAAAUAUAAAAAUUGGUGGUAAUAAUAAAAUAGCAAUUCAAACUAUGACAAGUUGUGACACUAGAAAUAUAGAAGAAUGCGUUUAUCAAAUUAAGAAAUGUAGAGAUUUGGGGGCCGAUAUUGUAAGACUAACAGUUCAAGGUGUUCAAGAAGCAGAAGCAAGUUAUUAUAUUAAAGAAAAAUUAUUGUCUGAAAAUGUGACUAUUCCUUUAGUAGCAGAUAUCCAUUUUAACCCUAAAAUUGCCUUAAUGGCGGCAGAUGUAUUUGAAAAAAUUAGGGUUAAUCCUGGAAAUUAUGUAGAUGGAAGAAAAAAAUGGAUAAAUAAAGUUUAUAAAACAAAAGAAGAAUUUGAUGAGGGAAAAUUAUUCAUAAAAGAAAAAUUUGUACCGUUAAUUGAAAAAUGCAAAAGAUUAAAUAGAGCAAUACGUAUAGGCACCAACCACGGUUCUUUAUCAGCUCGAAUGCUUUCCUAUUAUGGUGAUACCCCUUUAGGAAUGGUUGAAUCUGCCUUUGAAUUCUCAGAUUUGUGUAUAGAGAAUAAUUUUUAUAAUAUAGUCUUUUCUAUGAAAGCGUCUAAUGCUUACGUUAUGAUACAUUCAUAUAGAUUGUUGGCGUCUAAACAAUAUGAAAGAAAUAUGUUUUUCCCCAUACAUUUAGGAGUGACAGAGGCUGGAUUUGGAGAUAAUGGAAGAAUAAAGUCUUAUUUAGGAAUAGGAUCAUUAUUAUAUGAUGGAAUAGGAGAUACUAUUAGAAUAUCAUUAACAGAAGAUCCAUGGGAAGAAUUAAUUCCUUGUACAAAAUUAAUUGAGAAUUUUAGAAAAAGAAUAUUUUACACUGAGAAGAUAGAUGAUUAUAUAAGCAUAAAUGAAAAAAAUAAUAAUAUAUCAAUUGACGGUUAUAAUAUCCCCCCAAAAAAUGUAGAUAUAAACAAUCUUAGUAAUAAUAUAAUUAGUAAGAGUCAAAAUCAUAAGGAUGAAAAGAAAGGAAUGGGAAAUGAAGAAAAUAGUUAUGAUAAAAAAAUUCAAACUGAUAAAUCUAACAUGAAGAGUUUCUUAAAUUUUGAAGAAAAUUUCAGAAAUUUUAAUAAUAUAGUAAAAAGAACCGUGGAUAAAAAUGGUAAUGUAUUGCAUGAAGACUGCACUAUUGGUAAUGUAGUUACAGUAAAAGAGUUAGAAGAUUCCCUACAAAUAUUCAAAGACUUAAAUAUAGAAAUAGAUCAAAAUGGAAAAUUAAAAAGGGGAGCUAAGACUAGUGACAUAAUUAUUGUAAAUAAAUUUGAAACUGUAACGGAUUUAGCCAAAAAAACAAUUGAAAAAUUAAUGGAAGUAGGAUUACAUGUGUUGAUAGAACAUCAGCAAAAAAACAUUGAUAUUAUUCAAAAAUUAAAAGGUAAUAAUAUAUUGUUGUAUACUGACAUAGAAACUAUGAUGAAUAUUUUGGAAAAAAAUAAAAAGAUUGAAAUAAAUAAUAUAAAAGGAUACUCUCUAAUUUUGAAUGGAAAAGAAGAUAUUGAAAUGGUAGAAAAAAUUAAAAAACUAAAUCCAUUUCCUUUAUUUAUUCUCUUAAAAUCGGAUAGCAUAUAUGAGCAUGUAUUAAUUACAAGAAGACUAAAUGAACUACUGCAUUCUUUAAAUAUAAAAAUACCAUUUAUACAUUAUGUUGAUAUUAAUUCUACUAAUUAUGAUGAUAUAUUAGUUAAUGCAACAUUAUAUGCGGGAAGUUGCUUAAUCGAUCUAAUGGGAGAUGGACUAAUUAUUAAUGUAACUAAUAGUGACUUUAAACAAAAAGAAGACAAAAAUAAAAACUUAAGUCGUGUUGCUUUAAACUCCUUUUUAACAUUAAAUAUUUUACAAGACACUCGUAUUCGCUUAUUUAAAACAGAUUAUAUAGCAUGUCCAUCCUGUGGAAGAACAUUAUUUAAUAUACAAGAGACAACUAAAAAAAUUAUGAAACUAACAGGGCACUUAAAAGGGGUCAAAAUUGCAGUUAUGGGUUGCAUUGUAAAUGGAAUAGGGGAAAUGGCAGAUGCACAUUUUGGCUAUGUUGGAAGUGCACCUAAAAAAAUUGAUUUGUAUUAUGGCAAAGAAUUAGUAGAAAGAAAUAUACCUGAAGAAGAAGCCUGUGAUAAAUUAAUAGAACUAAUUAAAAAGCAUAAUAAGUGGCAAGAUCCGCCAAAUUGA